CAUGUAUGUCAAUGUCAUGUUGGAUAUACUGGAAAUGGACAAAACUGCACUGGUGAAUUUAAUUUCUUCUCUACAAUAUUUUUAAUUGUCCUGUAUGGAUUCCGGCUACGGCGCUGCACCAUUCAGCUGCGUUCCAAGACAAUUAGAUAAUUUAUUACUCAUUACUGGUUUUGAUUUAAGCAGUCGUUUCUCGUGUUAAGAACCUCUUAGGUAAUGUCCCUGACUUUUAAAUGAACAAUUUUGGUAAGUAAUGCACUGUUAUUCUGCUUUUAAUGGACUCUAAACAAGUUAUUGACAAAGUCAUGAAAAUAAAAUCGCUCGUUUGGCUCUGAACCCUGUGCACAUGAUAGAUAUGUACGUGACUUUCCAUGGCGCUACGUUUUCGCUGAUAUAUUUGAAAGAAAAAAGUUGAAAAUUGUUAUCAUCAAGUUUUAUAAAAUAGUCAAGAUACUAUGAGCGCACUGAUUGGUCAAAAUUAAUUGUUAUAGGGGGGAAGUUUCUAUAGAAACUUUGGUGCCGCGUCGGUGGGAGAGUAUAGCAGGUAAUUUAGUUAACAACUGAGUUCAAAAUAUAAAUUGGCCACCGUAAAGAGUAACAAGUGCUAAUCAGCCUUUUUACUCUUUACGGUGGCCAAUUUACGUUUUCAACCCAGUUGUGGGCACUAAAUUACCAACUUUUGAUUAUGUUUUAAAUGAUUUAAAAACCUUACACAAACUUUAAUGUGAUACAGACAUGACAUUCUCCGUGGAUCUUAAAAACCCUAAAAGAAUCUCUAACCUUCCAAGAUUCCUUUAUAAAAAGAGCAGUUAUGAUCAAUCAAACUUAUUUGACUUACGCAAGCCAAUUGGCCUUAUGAUUACAAAUAAUUGGAUGAUGCUAGUAGGCAGAGAGUUAUUACACACUCCUGGGAAAUAAUUGGGUACUAGCGAAUACUUCUGGGCUGGUAUCGUUGUGUGGGAGCUGAGGAUCAAAAAUGUAUUUAACGCAUUUGGUAGCAUCCAGUUGAGCCGGUGAAAACAACUCAGGCUUUGGUGGGCGAUUAAAGCAAGAGGAAAUGUAAUUCUUCAUAAAGCUAUCAUUUCAUUUUAGUUCCUUUGUGCAUCAUCAUUCUCUAACCCAAAUACAUCAAAAACCUGGGUGACGCUAAUAGCUAAUUUCUAAGCUUAUGCUCGGCAACUUCUUCCCAAUUGUAUUUUUUAAAAUAUAUUAUUUUUUAUGUUUAUCAUUUUACAGAUGUUAACGAGUGUAAAGGAAAUCACUCUUGUCACGUGAAUGCUAUAUGCAUGAACACCAAAGGAUCUUAUGUUUGUACUUGUCACCCCGGAUAUACUGGAAAUGGAAACGACUGCACAGGUACUUGAUGUAUUUCUUUUGAAACCAUUUCCAUCAGAAAGAAAAGCACUAUCAUAUUUACGAGACUUGUUUUACCAGCAUACCUUGUAUUGACCCUUUCACUCCUAACAUCUCAUUAGUAAUUCUGCUUACUGUCUGCCACACAAUUCUUACGAUGUCAAUUCUAAGAAUUUGGUAUUGAAUCAACUGAUAAUCCCCGAGCUGAUAUUUUCCCUUAUUUUCGUCAUUUGUCUGUUUGAUAUUGUAAUGAUUUGGUAAGUAGAAAUUAUUUCUUGGUCAUUACUGGGAGGAAGGUGGUUAAGUAAACAUUUAGUGCAUGGUAAAAAAUCUCCACUGGUAAAGGGAGACUUGAUAGACAGGCUUACAGGACAGAACAACGGAUUUGAACUUGGGGGAACGGAGAUAAAAAUAUGGUGAGUGGUAAUGUGAAGUGUUUGCGUCUGGAACUACAAGACAACAAGACUAGGGUUUCUUACGUUAUGCUCGGAGACUUUUUUACAAUUACAGUUUUUUGUUUUUUUUUUAAGUUAUGUUUACGAUUUUACAGAUAUUAACGAGUGCAAAGGAAAUCACUCUUGUCACGUGAAUGCUACAUGCAUGAACAUCCUUGGAUCACAUGUUUGUCAAUGUCAUGCUGGAUAUACUGGAAAUGGACAAAACUGCACAGGUGAAUUUAAUUUCUUCGCUACAAUAUUUUUAAUAGUCCUGUAUGCCUUCCGGCUACAGCGCCGCACCAUUUAGCCGCGUUGCAAGACAAUUAGGUAAUUUAUUACUCAUUACUGGUUUUGAUUUAGGCAGCCAUUUCUCAUGUUAAGAACCUCUUAGGUAAUGUCCCUGACUUUUAAAUGAACAAUUUUGGUGACUGAGGCGUUGUUCUGCUUUGACAUUAACCUUAUCACAAUGACUGACAGGAGCAUGAAAAUAAAAUCGCUCGUUUGGCUCUGAACCCUGUGCACAGGAUGGAUAUGUCAAUGAUUUUCCAAGGCCCUACGUUUUCGUUGACACUCAAGAUAUAUUUGAGUGAAAAAGUUGAAAAUUAUUAUCAUCAAGUUUUAUAAAAUAGUCAAGAUACUACGAGCGCCCUGAUUGGUUAAAAAACAAUCGUUGAUUGCACCGGUAAACCUGUGGAAAAUUGAAGUUUAUAUAUGUUAUUAAAGUAACAGACCGCACUUUCUAUCGGUUUACCAGCGUAGUAAACGUCUUCAGAUGUUGGGAAACCAUUCGAAAAAAAAGUAGAUCAAUCGCCUUCAGCUCGUUCUCACAAAAUCCAGCGUGGAUUAUAUCGCCAGGAAACUGAGAGCAAGAGCGAUAAAUAAAGGGUCUACAAGAACUGCGGUGCUGCGUCGGUGGGAGAGUGCAACAGGGUAAUAUAGCAUUAUCAACUGAGUUGAUGAGGUAAAUUGGCCACCGUAAAGAGUGUUACAGCGAAUGCUCGAAACGUCAGCUUUGAAACUCUUUACAGAGGCCAAUUUGCAUUAUCAACUCAGUUGAUAAGGUAAGAAAAAUAAUGGGGAAGGAAAAAAAAUCGAAAAGAAAUGGUAGGUUGAGUCCUGAAGGGAUUGUAUAUUUUUCUCUGACCUUAUCUGACCCUUUUCAUAGAACGAAAGGAAACCUUUAGGAGGCAGAGAGAAAUUACACACUCUCAAAACCUGGGUGAUGCCAAUAUUAAGAGUAGUUACGCUACACCGUAAUUUGGUCCAGUGUUUUGUGACGACCUAUCCCCCAAGGGAUGGUACGUUUUGUGGGAGCAGCAGGAACAAGCCAGUUGUUUCAGAGCCGAUAGCUUGAUAAACUGAAAUACUCGUGAUAAAAUAUACGUUUCAAAUAUCUAAUUCGUGGAACACAAAAAGAGAAAAAAUUGUUUUGUUAUGUAUGAUUAUCAAAGUAAUCACUCGACUGAGAGUCCGCUCAUUUUUAAAGUGACAAACAUGAUGAAGUGCAAAUAUAUAUAUGGUUUCUCAGAUAUUGACGAAUGUAAAGGAAAUCACUCUUGUCACGUGAAUGCUGCCUGCACGAACACCAACGGAUCCUAUCUUUGUGAAUGCCACCCUGGAUUUAAUGGAAAUGGUCAAAACUGCGCA